AAAAAACAAGCGAGAGCGACAGAGCAGAGGAAGCAGGGGAGGGCUGCUGUCUGCUGGAUCACCGGAAGAGGAGGGCGUUUGCUCGCCGGCGGCGGGGUAGCCGGGUAGGGGAAGUUGGCGAUGGACAGGACGGCAGCGGCGGCAGGGGCGGGGGCGGCGGCACAGGUGGCGGGGCUGGCGCCGCUGCCGAUAAUGCACGACGGGGACCGGUACGAGCACGUGCGGGAAAUCGGGUCCGGCAACUUCGGCGUGGCGCGCCUCAUGCGCUCCCGCGCCACCGGUGCCCUCGUCGCCGUCAAGUACAUCGAGCGCGGCGAGAAGAUUGACGAGAACGUGCAGCGGGAGAUCAUCAACCACCGGUCGCUGCGCCACCCCAACAUCAUCCAGUUCAAGGAGGUGAUCCUGACGCCGACCCACCUCGCCAUCGUCAUGGAGUACGCCUCCGGCGGGGAGCUCUUCACGCGCAUCUGCAGUGCCGGCCGGUUCAGAGAGGAUGAGGCUCGGUUCUUCUUCCAGCAGCUGAUUUCUGGGGUUAGCUACUGCCACUCCAUGCAAAUAUGCCAUCGCGAUUUGAAGCUCGAGAACACUCUGCUGGAUGGAAGCACCGCGCCCCGGGUUAAGAUAUGCGACUUUGGUUAUUCCAAGUCAUCUCUUCUGCAUUCGCAACCAAAAUCCACUGUGGGAACUCCAGCAUACAUUGCUCCUGAAGUUUUCAUGAACAAAUACAAUGGCAAGAUUUCGGAUGUCUGGUCAUGUGGGGUGACCCUCUAUGUGAUGCUGGUUGGCGGGUAUCCUUUCGAGGAUCCAGAAGAUCCUAAGAGUUUCAGAAAGAUAAUGCAGAAAAUAAUGGGGGCUCAUUACGCGGUUCCAGACUAUAUCCAUAUAUCUCCAGAAUGCCGAGAUCUUUUAUCAAGGAUUUUUGUUGUCGAACCAAACCUUAGGAUCACCAUACCCCAGAUAAAAAGUCAUCCUUGGUUCCUGAAGAACCUCCCUAUAGACAUCAUGGAUGAUGACACAGUUAGCUAUGAGGAGCCGGAUCAGCCGAUGCAGAACAUGAACGACAUCAUGCAGAUACUGGCAGAGGCAACAAUACCACCUGCUGGAACCCGCACAGCAGCCCAGUUGUUGUCUGACGGCCUUGACGUGGAGGAAAACAUGGAGGACCUAGAUUCAGACGAGGACCUGGACAUGGACAUCGAGAGCAGCGGGGAGCUAGUGGUUGCCCUGUAACCAUGUCCAUGCUUGGGUGGAAACCGUAAUUGCGGCCUUCCUUUCAGUAAAUCUGUUGGGUUGCGGCUCAGUUUCAGCUCGAGCUUAUGAAGUGAUCUGUUCUUAAGCUAUGACCCAGUGAUCGGUUUGUCGCCAUUUCUGCUUCAGACCUUUGAUUCCUAUUGUGAUGCUGCUACCGCUGUAUAUUGUGUAGUAUAGUAUGUAUGCUGUGCAACAAUCUAGCCCCGGUAUAACCAAUGUGAUACCUUUUCAGGUUCAUUUUGAGAACCAUUGCUUGGUCUCUGUUUGUUGAAACUGAAAAGGUGUAUGGCAGUUGUAUAUAACUUUGUUUUGUGCCAAGAGAAAGCUUGUUUCUGAGUGCAUUUC